UGCCACAUCAGCACUGCCACGUCAGACACAGUGCCACGUCAGACAAAGUGCCAUGUCAGCAGUGCCACGUCAGCAACAUGACGGGCUUGCCAGGCCAACUGCCCAACGAGUCCCUUGCAGCCUACAAGCAGCGGUUCCAGGCUCAAAUAGAGGCUGAGGAACAACGCCAGCUGGCAGCCGAGGCUGCCCGCGUACAGGCUGAAGAGGCAGCAGCAGCAGAACAACUGCAGCUACAGGCCGAUGCAGACGCAGAUGCCCAGGCUGGCCGCAAGGAAGCCCAGGAUCUGCUGCAGCGGCAUGAAGCCAACAUCAUCGACAGACUCAAGUACUGGCAUUUUGAACCGAGCGGCGACGAGGCAACACCGGAAGAGAAGCACAAGGAGUUCCUCUCCAAACUCGUGACGCGGUUGUUGUAUGCUUGCAACUACCAACGGUCAGAGUCGGAGAGACAGUACCAGGACCUGACGCAACAACAUCAGGAGUCGCCACAGCUCUGCCGCAUAGUGCAGAGCCACGAGGAUGCAACUCGGGCACUCAAUGCCCGAUUGCUGGACCUGGAACAUGCUGUACCAGGACCAGCUGUUGGGGCUUCCAGCAGUGCACCCUCUAGCCGCCAACUGGAGGACCGCGUUGACCACGUAGUGGCAAUGCUCGGCGACAUCAGCACUUUCGCUGCGCCGACCACCACCAUCAGCAGUCAGCUGCAUACAUUGGAGACCGAGGUCCAGCAGCUGCAGACGACGAACGCGGAUGGCAAUCCGAAGAUGUAUAAGAUGCCAACUUUCAAUCUGGAGAGGUUCCACUACACGCAGCAGGAUCCGGUCCUCUGGUGGGAAGCAUUUACAACGCAACUCAGGAUUCUGCCMGUAGCCAAGCAUGCGUAUAUCGGCGCCCUGUUCUUGAACUCAAAGGGUGGAUGCCAGACCUGGUUGAGCCACCUGGCAACCUCCCRCGGCGUCGACGUACCAGACUUGAAGGACCAAAUCACAUGGGAGGAACUGACACGGCUGUGGAAGAAGCGGUUCAUCGUCGACGACGCGCCGACACUCGCCAUCAACCGUUUGUUCACCAUGUCACAGGGCAACACUGCAACAUGGGAUUGGCUCACAGAGUGGCAGAAGAUUGCGGCAGUGCCCAAUCUGGAGCUGCCUUUCACUCAUCUCAGACGUGAGUUCUACAACAGGUACGAACUGGUCCGCGACAGCACCACUUCGCUGCAGUCCAGCAGGACAGUGGAGAUAACCCAGCAGCCACUCCAGCAUCAAGUGACGGAGAAUCAGAGAUCAGGUGGUUGUUGUCCAGCCGCGAAGCAACAACAAGUCCCGCAACAAUGGGAAGGCGAAAUCCGCAUCGCAGGCCGGAAAUGGACAGCCAGGACAAUUUCCAUGGGUCAAGUUUGGCUUGACCGAGGCGGAGUACAAGGUCCACGGCCGCUACGGCAGCUGCUACUGGUGCAACAGCACCAAGCACAAGACCUCCCUGUGCCAAGAUCAGGGCAAGGAGGAUGUGCGACCCCGCCUCAGCUCGGGAAACUAAGCUCCGCGGAAGGUGAGGGGACUCCACCUUCUACUCCGCCAGAUUCGGCCGCCUUGCUAGCGGCCUCCUGCACAUCUGGGGAGGAUGCGAAUGUCGCAAGUCCUCGGUAUACUUACGAGGAUUAUGCUGUCCAUUUGGUUCCACCACUGGACCAACCGCUCCACGUGCAACAGUCCACCGCAUGCACGGUUUCAUCACCAUCGGCAACCGAUUCGGCAGCUUCGCCGCAAUCUAUGGCCGGGGAUUCGACGUCAUGGUCAAGACUUGAAGAGCUCGACCCAUUGACGUUCACAGACUUCCAGUGGAUGCCCGUUCCCUCGACCGGACGAUUGCCGAAACCGCAUUGCAAUGUGCUCAUGGCACAACUGCGGGACUACUUGCACGCUGCAGUACCAGCUCCGUUGAUGGACGCCAGAGCAGAGGUUGUCGACCUUCACGCUUUCAUCGCGAAGAUGGACCGCGAGUUCAAGACGCAACGGUACGACGACAUCGACGCACCAUUGCUAUACAUACGCAUUCAGAUCGGAGAGGCGACCUGCAGUGCCUUGAUCGAUUACAGAGCAUCUCGCAACUACAUCAGCCGGGACUUCAUGGUCCGCAUCGGCCUUGGCCCACGCGUGCGGAGGAAGCCCCAGCCUACGCAAGUCACAUUGGCGGACGGUCACACGCACAAGUCAAUCGACCGGUGCAUUGACAGCGUCCCAGUGUACUUUGCCCCUCACGCAAGUGAGGCGGUGUCCGUUGACAUUCUGGACACCAAAUUCGACAUGAUCUUUGGCAUGUCAUGGCUGCGAAGCAAGGAUCACCCGUCGCCAAAGGUGCCAUUCGUAUUCGAUGACGACGCACGCCGGUCAUUCCAAGCACUUAAGACGGCUAUGCUCAUGGCACCCGUCCUUAGCAUCUAUGACCUCACCCUGCCGACGCGAGUGACUACGGACGCUUCCGGCUAUGGCAUUGGGGCAGUCUUGGAACAGCACGACGACGACGACUGGCACCCUGUGGAGUAUUUUAGCCACCAAGUGCCUCCCAUCAACUCGCUUGAUGAUGCAAGGAAGAAGGAGCUGCUCGCAUUCGCCACGACUCUCAAGCGAUGGCGGCACUUCCUCCUUGGGCGUCGUAGGUUCACAUGGGUCACGGACAACAAUCCAUUGACUUACUACAAGACGCAGGAUACGGUGAGCAGCACGAUCGGACGAUGGAUGUACUUCAUCGACCAAUUUGACUUCACACCGAAACAUGUCCCCGGCCUCUCUAAUCGUGCAGCAGAUGCACUCUCGCGAAGACCAGAUCUUUGCGCUAUGACACAUCAUGCCUUCGCAUUCGACGAGGAGCUUCAGCGACACUUCAUCCGAGCAUAUCAGUCUGAUCCGGACUUCGGCACGCUCUAUGCACAGCUAUCUUCGGAUCACCCGCCGGCCAGCCAUUUCCGCAUUGCCGACGGGUACUUGCUCCUCCACUCGAGAGGCAAGGACUUACUAUGUGUCCCACGCGACCGUCUUCUUCGGACUCGCCUCCUCGGCGAGUAUCAUGAUUCACGACUCACCGGCCAUUUCGGAGUCAAUCGCAUUAUUGCACAGCUUCGGCAGUGUUUCCGAUGGCCCGACCUCAUUACCGAUGUCACUCGGUAUUGCGACUCUUGCGAAGUUUGCCGACGCAGCAAGCCCCGCAACCGCAAUCCCUACGGCGAGUUACACCUGAUGCCUAUCCCACGGGAACCCGGUCUCUCUAUUGCCAUGGACGUCACCGGUCCGUUUCCUCGCGACCGGCUCGGGCACGACGGCAUCCUCACGGUUGWGGACCGAUUGAGUAAGUACGCGCGUUUUCUCCCCUCCCACCCGGACUGUGGUCCCUCCCUCAGACAGACAGCUUCGCCCUCGCAGGUAAGCUCGUUCUUCAAGGAGGGGGGGGUGUGGCAUAUUGCGUAGCCACACGGGCCGUGCAGGGCCCGUCCCGGACAUUCAGCUUAAAAGCCU